CACCGGAGAACUUGAGGAGAGAGUGACCAUUUUGCCCAUCUACACUGCAUCAUGCACUGGUGGGGCUGAGAACGAAAAGACGUAAAAGGGACCUGUGUAGUACUAGUAGUCACGCGAGUGGGCAUUGUUUUGAAAAAAUCGACGGGUGAAGUUCUCCAUCAUCCGGAUAUCCUGCAGUGCGGAUUGUGACCAGGUGACUGUGGUAGGUGUUUGUAGACUCUACGCAGACCUACGCGACAUAAGCAUUAGCUGCUAUGGCAUCCGUUCUACCCCAUGAAGUUGACUGGUACAAUGGAGCUGUGGUGGAUCUGACAAGGGAAUGCCCAGCUGAGGCAUUGUUUGAAGAUUGCCUGAAAAUGUCUCUUGAAGAGUGGCAAGUCGGCAAGCGCCGUGGUGUGUGGCUGAAGAUUGGCGUUGCAAACUCCUAUUGCAUACGGACUGCAGAUAAGCACGGCUUCACAAUCCACCACGCACAGCCCGGCUAUGUCAUGAUGACGAAAUGGCUGCCCACUGAUGAACCAAAUCUCCUGCCUGGCUAUGCAUCACACUAUGUUGGUGUUGCUGGCCUUGUUGUGGAUGAUCAGGAUCAGAUAUUGGUGAUCAAGGAUAAAUAUGCUAGACAGCCUGCAUGGAAGCUGCCCGGUGGAAUGAUGGACCCAGGUGAAAACAUCGGUGUGGCAGUGGCGCGUGAAGUGUUUGAAGAAACAGGCAUCCGAGCAGAGUUCAUCUCCAUUGUGUCAAUGCGUCACAUUCUCCAGUACCAGUUUUCUCGUGGAGAUUUCUACAUUGCAUGCCACAUGCGGCCAACAACCUUUGCCAUUAAGCCAUGCGAGCAUGAAAUCAGUGACUGUAGAUGGAUGAAGAUCGAGGAUUAUCUCUCCUUGUCAAACAGUGGUGGAAUCUAUGAACUGAACGACUUCAUUGUGCGAUCAUACCUACAACAGCAGAAAGAUGGUGUAUUGAUAACACCCACUGAAAUAGCAAAAAGACAAUGCUACACGCCUCGGCUAAACAUGGAUGUUAGCGGCAGUAGCAGCAGCAGGAAUGCAGAUCACGUGAAGGCUUUAGCUGGUCAGGUGCAGCUUGAUCAAGAUGUGGUGGAAUUCUCCGACAGCAAGAUUUGAAUGACACACAACGCCACACGUAUCUCCAAGUCACCUGACUUGAACAUACAACUAGCCUAGCCGCAUGUGUGCAUCAUAGUGCUGGUUUGCUUCCUAUGGCUAACAUCGCACCAUGCUAUCUACUGUCACAGUACAGCCAUCGAAUCGUCCAGGCACAUAGCAACAAGUCUUUGCUCUCUUUGCACGACUCGUACGUGCGGGAACCAGUGGUCAUGCAUCAUAGCAUGUGUGAGCAUAGCAAGUAGUACUGGCAACUACCGGGUAUCUAGGAUUCAAGACAAAGACAAACAGAUGUCAUGUCAUCUGCAGCAGAAAAUUAAAACAUCACUAGAAUUUCAUUCACACAUCAUGUGUUUCAUUAAUUUAUUAUAUGAAUUUAGGCUUGUUUUGUGUUCAAAUUUAAAGUAUAAUAUAUUUAUUAUGAUGAGGAUACGUUUAGAUGAUCAUUGGUCUUCAGAUCGCCAUUCUGCUGGAUAUGCAUGGUGGUUUCACAAUAUUGUUGCAA